CAGGAUGCGUGACAGCUUUGGGAUAAUAACCUGGUCUCUCUUCCUUCUCCUUGCGCCUGGCUGGGCAGAGUCGCAGCCGUGUUCGUACCCGUGCCAGUGCCCCUCUCAGCCGCUGCAGUGCCCUGUUGGCACCAGCCACGUGUGGGAUGCCUGCGGAUGCUGUAAAGUGUGUGCCCGGCAGCUGGGCGAGCUGUGUUCCCUUCAGACACCCUGCGAUCACCACAAGGGACUCCAUUGCAACUUCUCCAAAAUCCACAGAGACGUCGGGAUCUGCUUAGCCCACGAGGGGGCGACCUGUGACCUGCUGGGGAAGAUCUAUCACAACGGCGAGAGCUUCCAGCCCACCUGCAAGCUGCAGUGCAUCUGCAUGGACGGCGCCAUCGGCUGCAUCCCCCUGUGCGCCGACGACCUGCGGCUCCCCUCCCCGGCCUGCCCGAACCCCCUCCGGGUCAAACUCCCAACCCAGUGCUGUGAGGAGUGGAUUUGUCCAGGGGGCAGCCAGGAAACGGCCCUGGCAGUUUAUAGGGGGAACCCAGCGCCCGGGCCUGAGCUGAACGACCUCCAGGAGAACUGCCUAGUCCAGACCACCGAAUGGAGCGCCUGCUCCAAGAGCUGUGGGAUGGGCAUCUCCACCCGCGUCACCAACGACAACCCCCAGUGCCGCCUGGAGAAGGAGAGCCGGCUCUGCAUGGUCCGGCCCUGCGACUUCCCCAGGGAGAAGAUCAUCAAGAAAGGAAAGAAGUGCGUGCGGACCCCGAAGUCCCGCCGGGGAAUCCGCUUUGAGUUCUCGGGCUGCACCAGCGUCCGCUCUUACCGGCCCAAGUUCUGCGGUAGCUGCACUGACGGCCGCUGCUGCACGCCCCACACCACCAGCACUGCAGAGGUGGAGUUCCAGUGCCCGGAGGGGGACUUCUUCCACCGUAAGCUAAUGUUCAUCAAGACGUGCUCCUGCCACCAUGACUGCCCCAGGGACAACGACAUCUUCCUGGCCACCUAUCGCAGAAGGAUGACCGGUGACCAUGUCAAGAUAGAGAGGCAGUAGCCCCUCCUCUCCCUGAUCAGGCUAAUGCGUUGAGCACUCUCAAGUGCCUGCCGAGCUGGUUCCUUUUGAGGAUGCUGAGGCAGAACGAGGCGAGCCUGGAAACAGAGAUGGGCCAGGACUGAAAUCUUGAUCCAAAUUCCCCAGACUUCGAGGCAGUUUGGAUCCGGAUCUAAGCCUUGUGGCCCAGGCCCAUUUCUAGCUGAAAGUGAAGUGGGUGAGCGAUUCCUUAAAGCUCUUGCUGUGCCAGUACCUGGCAGCAAACCCAGGGCAGGAGGCAAAGGAGAGGUCCAGGAAGUCUGAAUGUGCAUCAGCGUGCUAGGCCUGUUUCCCAUUAAAGAACAGACUAGGGCCCUGGUGCAUAGGCAUCUAUCUUUUUGCAGUGCAUCCCUGUAAAUGAAAGUAGUCCUGGCCCAGUGAUGGGUUAGUGCUGGGUCUGUCUGUCACUCUAGACUGAUUGCCACCUGCCACCUCUUGGUGCUGUUUGACCAAUACUCUUCCCCUGCUCAGUGCCCCUGUUCGAUACCUAUGUCUCAGAGCAGUCAGCAGCUCGAGAGUCCUGUGCAUCCACCGCGUGUCUCUGACAUCAGCCAUUUUUCAAAGCCAGAUGAUCCUGCAUGUGCCCUGGGGUUACUGAGAACAGGAGAGAGCGUUACAAGGAGUUGGCCAUUCAGUCCCACUGCAAGAGACCUAACAUUGCUGUGUGGCUUUCUUUGGAAAAUCCAAACCCAGUUCGGGACAUCUCCGUAGACGAUGGGGCUGUGCCGGGCUGUCACUCUGCUCACCGUCAAUGCAGAAAGGGCGGCUCUAGGGCCUGAUUCUGAUCUCAGAUACCCCAGUGUAAAUCAGGAGUAGCUCCAGAGAGCACUGCCAGGGUAAAACAGGGACACGCUAGAUUAGAAUCAGGCUCCCAUCCUGAAAAAUCGCAGCCAACAGAUCUGCCCCUGUAACUUCUGAGUCCCAUGUGUAGAUUUUACUGCCAGAAAAUGAGUAUUUCCUACUUUUCACCUCUGUUACCGCAUCAGAGCCAGAUCUGUUGUGGGAGAGCGAACUGGCUUCUCUCCUGGUUCGUGCAUCAGCAACAGAAUUGCAAACUACACUUCAGCUGUAGAGUCUUUAUUCCUGGUGGUGUGUGAACAAGAAGAACCCAGUUCAGGUCAGAUCCCAGGGAGAGUUUGAGGUGCUGGAAGGAAAAAAAAACAACAACAAUUGUUAACUGUAAACUGAGCAGAUUUGACCUGGAGUUAUUGAGACAACAACAUGAAAAGCUCUGACUGGGGCCCUGUGUGUCAGUCAUGGGAUGCAUCUCUUGCCGCAGAACUAUGCUUCAUAAUCUCAGCUUCCAGUAGAGAAAAUCGUUGCUAGUUCUCACAGUUACGAACAAAAAUCUUACAAUUGUAGCCCAAGUGUAACCAAUGCAGGGGUAUCUACCAGAGUAUGCAACCAGCCUGAAGCAAUAGCUUUGAGAGGUGUGAACUGUUUGCCUCAGUGGGAUGUUAACUCUGAAAACUGAGGGUCCAAAUAUCAACAUUACUAUUUAACGCCUGCUCAUUUUAGCAGAAACAUCCAGCUAAUGGGCUAAUCCCACCAUUUCCAAGUGCCUUUUGUCUCCAUUCUUUAAUUCAUCCGAAGCUGGGACAGAAUUUCUACCAGAAUGAUGCAGAAUCAAGGGGCCUUGCUGCAGAACUGAGGUCCAGCGAACUGCAGAGGCUGGGACCGUGCCUACGCUGCCAUCCAUGGCUGUAUUUCAGAGCAGAGCUUCCUUUCAAAUAACGUUCCGGGCAGUUGCUAAAUGCCGCCCUUCGCUUAUAGGCUUCAAAGCAUCAUCUCUGACUUGGCCACUGAAAUGCCCGGGGUAUAAAACAUCACCUCUUUCCCCCCAUCCCCGAACAGCUGCAGCAGCAUCGCUCUCAUCACAGCUGCUCCUGGAGCUUUGGCCUCCUGUUGUUUGCGUUGGGAUUCAAACUGUAGUUUACGGUGUUGCUGUCUGUCAAACAGCCGGGCCAGGGCUUUUCCAUGCUGUAAUCUCCCCUGCACCCACCUCUUUGGUGCAGUUCUGCUGGGUUGGUGGCUGUUCUUCCUCUUGGCUGCCUGGCUUCAGAGUGAAAAACUAAAAUGAUGGCUGCACUU